GUUAAAGACGGCUUAUGCGCUUAUCCGGCCUGAGCUACAACAUUACUCCACAAGAGGACGAUGUGGAGGUCAUUCUUUCCGCUGUCAAACAUUUACUUUGCGCUAAAUCAGUUCUUAAAAGCAGGAAUGCAAAUCCGGUGGGGAUUAAGCAGCAAACUCCCAACUCAUCACGACGCGGGGUUGUAAAGGCGGCCAAUGUGUCUGAAGGAGGUCUGAAGUCAGUGCGCAACAACUGUGCCUGGACACCAGUUCUGCCACUCAUGCUCGCUGCUACUGAGCCUUCCUUGUUUUUAGCCACACGUGUUUUACUUAUUUUUACAGUUUUCAGCCAAAUUUAAACAAAUAGAACUUGUUUUGCUAUACGAUACCUAUUAGGAGAAACGGGUUGAUUUUAAACGCAGCUUUUCAGACAGGUCUUAAUGCACUGUCCAGAAAUUUCGAACAAAUGUGAGAAGAUCACUUGGUACGCUGGACGAAGGACAUGGGUCAACUAUACCGUUCUUCACUUUUCCCAUUUGUCGUUUUAUGUGUUGUUUUUCCUCAAGAUUGCAGCCUCGUGUCUUUUAUGACAAGCACCACAGCCGACACCUCGGGAGGGUUACAGAGUGAAGAGUGUCCAGAGAACAAGAUACUGACGGUGGAGUACCCUUGCACUCGGUCAGGGGGCAAGAACAGCACCUGUCUCAGGAGGAAAUGCUGUGAGGGCUUUCGUUUCGUCAUGGGCCAGUGCAUACCUGAAAGUGUGGAUGUGUGCGCUGGCUCUCCCUGUGAACAGCAGUGCACUGAUAACUUUGGUAGGGUGGUCUGCACAUGUUACCCCGGUUACCGCUUCGACCGGGAGAGACACAAAAACCACUUGCAACCCUACUGUCUGGACAUUGAUGAGUGUGAGGAGUCGAACAGUACAGUGUGUGACCACGUGUGUGAGAACACUCCUGGAAGCUUCCACUGUCGCUGCCUUAGUGGCUACAUCCUGGAUCCAGACCAGACCUCCUGUGUGCCCACACACAACCUGACUGGCCCCGGCAAGCUGGAUCCUCUGAUGAGUUCAGGCUCCUGCUCCGUCACCUGUCAGGACAUCAUCAGCAUGCGCAACAGCCUGCAGCAGCUCAAACUCCGACUGGCCUCACACUCACCUGGACAGUCUAACCUGUGGACCUGUGGACAGGCCCUGUCUCCUGGCCUUGCCAACAGCAGCGAUAAGCCCUCUGUGGGACGGCCAGGUAAAGGGCAGGACCUCCACCCAUUAGCUGGCCUGCCUGGAUCACCUGGGCCGCCCGGCCUGCCAGGGCACCCAGGAGAGCCGGGGGAGAAAGGUGAGCCAGGGUCCAGGGGUCCGCCUGGUCCACCAGGGCCUCGGGGAGACAUGGGGCCCAUGAGCCCGCAGCCCGACCUGGAGCAUGUGAAGCGAGGCCGCCGGGGGCCAGUGGGGCCUCCUGGAGCGCCAGGGAGAGAUGGACUAAAGGGAGACCGUGGUUCGCCUGGCUCAAGAGGACCACCGGGACCACCAGGAUCCUUUGACUUCUUGCUUCUGAUGAUGGCAGACAUCCGCAACGACAUCAUCGAACUGCAGGAGCAAGUCUUUGGGAAGAGGCGGGACCUAUCGCUGGACAGCCCGCCCCAUUCCAGUGGAGAGGCGGGGAUUGGAGACUGGGGCUCAGGACAAGGAGAGCUCAUAUUUAACACCUGACCACCGGCUCGCCGCUUGCCUAUUGGACAGCGACCCUGCCACUCAAAAAAGUCAGAGGGAACUGACUGACUGACUUGAGUUCUGCGCUCCUGCAACGCUUUGCCUUUAGACCCACAAUGCCAAUGGUUUCAGUGCCCUCAGGGCUGCGGAAGAGGCUCUGUAAUGGACUCCAGACGGAUAGACUGAGAGAUGGAGAGGGAAAGAGAGGGAAAGAGGGAUGGAGGGAGGGAGGGAGGGAUACAGGCCUAAAAAGAUGGGUGAAAAUGAGAUGUGUAUGCUGCUGCUACUCUUUGCUGCCUCUGUUUCUGCCCUCUGUCUGAUAACCCCUGUGAGAGUGUAUGGGGUGAGCAGGAGGCUGUGUGUGUUGGACCUGUGUGACUGUCCUCUGUGUCUAAACGACUUGGUUCUCCUGUUUGAGAUUUCCAUGAGUCAAUCAACACGGUCCUCUUUAAAUCACCUGUGAGGAAAUGCAAAUAUUACAAAAAAACGAUAGCCAGAUUUGUAUCGGAAGGGAAAGUGCACAAAAAUGUUUUUCAUGAAAAAAAAGAUAGUGGUCAUAUCUUGCAUUGUACUGUUUUGCAUAGAUUACUGACGUUUGUGUGUGUGUGUAUGUGUGUGUGAUUUGUGUGUGUGUGUGUGUGUGUGUGCGUGUGUGUGUGUGCGUGUGUGUUAUAGACUUUUAUCAUCCACCCAUGUCCCAUACAGAUCCAUUCACAGAUUAGCCUAUAUAUGAAGCAUUGACAGUAUCCUUCAGUUAAACAAAUGCAGCACAAA